GCACAGGGUGGAUAUGCCGGACUGUAAGCGUGCGGCGCGGCUGCUGCAGUUGGCCCUGGUGGCUCUGCUGGCGCUGUGCGGCGUCCUGCUGGGGGACGCGGCGGAGCUGCUGGAGGCCGGGGACGCCGAGCUGGUCACCAAGCAGACCGACACGAGGGCCAGCAGGGCCAAGAGGAGGGGAGGCUCCGACGUCCUCAGAGGACCAAAUGUGUGUGGCUCAAGAAACAACGCCUACUGCUGCCCUGGCUGGAAGACUCUGACUGGAGGAAACCAGUGCAUUGUCCCGAUCUGCCGGAGUUCAUGUGGAGACGGGUUCUGCUCCAGACCCAACAUGUGCACCUGCCCCAACGGCCAGAUCGCCCCAUCAUGUGGAUCCAAGUCAGUCCAGCACUGUAAUAUUCGGUGUAUGAACGGGGGAACAUGUGCAGAGGACAACUGCUUGUGCCAGAAAGGCUAUGUGGGAAACCACUGUGGUCAACCGGUCUGUGAAAACGGGUGUCUCAAUGGAGGGAGAUGUGUGGCCCCCAACAGAUGCGUGUGCACCUACGGCUUCACUGGGGCUCAGUGUGAAAGAGACUAUCGGACAGGGCCAUGCUUCGCCUCUGUGAACAACCAGAUGUGUCAAGGCCAGCUCACAGGCAUCGUGUGCACCAAGACUUUGUGCUGCGCCACCGUGGGACGGGCAUGGGGUCACCCCUGUGAGAUGUGUCCUGCCCAGCCUCACCCCUGCCGGAGAGGCUUCAUACCAAACCACCGCACCGGGGCAUGCCAAGAUGUGGAUGAGUGCCAGGCAAUCCCCGGUCUCUGUCAGGGAGGAAACUGCAUCAACACAGUUGGAUCCUUUGAAUGCAAAUGUCCCGCUGGGCACAAGUUCAACGAGGUCUCGCAGAAAUGUGAAGAUCUGGACGAGUGCGCAAACAUACCUGGCCUCUGUGGUGUGGGUGAAUGCUCUAAUACUGUUGGCAGCUACUUUUGCAAGUGUCCCCAGGGAUAUUACACUGCUGUGGAUGGGUCCAGAUGUGUAGAUGCCCGUGGUGGGUACUGCUACGCGAGCUUGUUGAACGGGCGCUGCGCCAACCAGAACUCGCAGCUGCUGACCAAAGUACAGUGCUGCUGCGACAGCGGGCGCUGCUGGUCUGAUGGGUCCACUCCUGAAAUGUGCCCCAUCCGUGGGACAGAGGAGUACCAGAAACUCUGCAUCCAGAUACCCGAUGUGAACGGCGGCGGUCUGCCGCCAGGCCGAGUUCCAGGGGGUCCCGACAUCUACCCAGGUUUCCCCCCACAGACUCCUGGCCAGGUGUAUCCAGGUCAAAUCCCCAUUCAGGGACAAACACCAGGUCAGGGUCCACAGUACCCACCAGUCUCAGGACAAGGCCCUGGACAAGGCCCGCAGUUUCCAGGACAACUCCCUAUCCUGCCUGCCCCAGGUCCCGUCAUUAUCCAAACCCAGAAUAUCACCAAUAUGUGCCAGGCCUUCCGCAACCUCUGCCUGAACGGCAGGUGCAUCCCCACGACGGGGGGCGUCGGGUAUCGCUGUGAGUGCAACAUGGGAUUCCGGCUGGACGGACGAGAAGAAUGCAUCGAUGCUGACGAAUGUGAGAAAAGCCCAUGUAAACACGGAGAGUGUGUGAACACCCAGGGGUCUUACAUCUGUCAGUGUCCUGCUGGAUUCCAGUCCACCGCGACCAGGACCGAAUGCCGAGACCUGGACGAGUGCGUGGCCAACGGUCGAAUCUGCAACAAUGGCCGCUGUGUGAACACCGAGGGCAGCUUCCACUGCGUCUGCAACGUUGGAUUUGAGAUUUCACGCGAUGGAAAAAACUGUCAAGAUCAGGACGAGUGUCUGAUCAGGAACAUGUGCCUCAACGGCCUGUGUAUCAACGAAGACGGCAGCUUCAAGUGCAUCUGCAGACCUGGAUUCCUGCUGGACAGCAGCGGACGCAUGUGUGUGGACUUUGACGAGUGUGAGACUCCGGGCAUGUGCAUGAACGGCCAUUGCGUCAACACGGAGGGAUCUUUCCGCUGCGAGUGCAUGGCCGGGAUGGCAGUGGGCCUGGAUGGGCGGGUCUGUGUCGACACGCAUAUGCGCAGUACUUGUUACGGCGGCUACAAGCGAGGGCAGUGCGUUCGGCCGCUGUUUGGAGCUGUGACCAAGUCGGAGUGCUGCUGCGCCAGCACAGAGUACGCCUACGGGGAGCCCUGCCAGCCCUGCCCGCCGCAGAGCUCUGCCGAGUUCCUCGCUCUGUGUCCCAACGGCGGCGGCAUAACCGGAGACGGACGAGAUAUAAACGAAUGUGCUCUCGACCCCGACAUCUGCCAGAACGGAGUGUGUGAGAACAUGCUGAGGACGUACAAGUGCACCUGCAACGAAGGCUUUGAGGUUGACCUGACGGGCAAAAACUGCGUCGAUAUUGAUGAAUGCCUGAUGAACAGGCAGCUGUGCGACAACGGUCUGUGCAGGACACCCGGAGUUUUCACCUGUCAGUGUCCCAAAGGAUUCAGCUUCAAUCCCCAGACCGACGUCUGCGAAGAUGAGGAUGAGUGUAGUCCAGCCCUUGUAUAAUGGAGAAUGUAAGAACAGCAUGGGGUCCUUGUGUGUUUGUGUUCGAGCGGCAGCUCGCUGGACAGCUCGGGGCUGGAGUGUAACAGAACUACUAAGAGCACCUGUUCUAAAAUCAUCAAUAACCGCUGUGAGGUGAACAUUAAUGGAGCCACACUGAAGUCUCACUGCUGCGCCACUCUGGGAGAAGUGCACAGCCCCUGUGUCAAAUGCGAAAAAGAUCCGAUCUGCAGUAAAGGUUUCGCUCAGCGGCCCGAGGGAAACGUCUGUGAGGACGUGGAUGAGUGUCAAGUGUUUCCCGAGUGUGCAUCAACGGGAAGUGGCAUUAACACACCAGGCUCCUUCUUCUGCCAGUGCCCUCCGGGAAUGACUGUUGACGUCAGCGGCAGGACCUGCAUCGACCUGCGUACGGAGCACUGCUACCUCACUCAUGAGGACGAGCGCUGCGGGGCGCCCAUCUCCGGGAAGCACCGUGUGGACGCCUGCUGCUGCUCAGUGGGCGUGGCCUGGGGUCCCGAAUGCGACGAAUGUCCCGAAAAGGGAACGCCGGAGUACACCCAGCUGUGCCCGCGUGGCCCGGGCUUCUCCCACCGGGGGGAUUUCAUCAAUGGCAGGCCCUUCCUUAAAGACAUAAAUGAAUGCAGGAUGAUAAACAGCCUCUGCUCGAACGGCCGGUGCAGAAACACCAUCGGCAGUUUCCGCUGCCGCUGUGAUAACGGCUACGCUCUGGACUCGGAUGAGAGGAACUGCACAGACAUCGAUGAGUGCCACAUCUCUCCAGACCUGUGCGGACAGGGCAGGUGCAUCAACACACCGGGAGACUUUGAGUGCGAGUGCUUUGAAGGCUACGAGAGCGGCUUCAUGAUGAUGAAAAACUGCAUGGACAUCGAUGAGUGUGAGAGAAACCCCCUGCUGUGCCGUGGAGGUGAAUGUGUGAACACCGAGGGCAGUUUCCAGUGUGUGUGCCCGGAGGGACACGAGAUCGCCCCGGAUGGCUCGGCCUGUUUAGAUAUCAAUGAAUGCGAGCUGAGUGACCGGCUGUGCAGGAACGGCCAGUGCGUCAACAUGAUCGGCCGGUACCAGUGCGCCUGCAACACGGGAUACAAAUCCACCGAGAACAGACUGGAGUGUGUCGACAUUGACGAGUGUACCAUCGAGAACGGCGGCUGUGAGACCUUCUGCACCAACUCAAAGGGCAGUUAUGAGUGCAGCUGCCACAGUGGAUACGCCCUCAUGCCCGACCUGAGAAGCUGCACUGACAUCGACGAGUGCGAGGAGAGCCCGGACGUCUGCGACGGCGGCCAGUGCACAAACACCCCGGGGACUUACCAGUGUCUGUGCUUCGAUGGCUUCAUGUCGUCUGAGGAUAUGAAGACCUGCCUGGAUGUGGACGAGUGCGAGCUGAACCCAAACAUCUGCCUGAGUGGCAACUGUGAGAACACGAAAGGCUCCUUCAUCUGUCACUGCGACCUGGGAUACUCUGUCCGCAAGGGAACGACCGGCUGCACAGAUAUCAAUGAGUGGUGAGAUCGGAGCCACAAUUGUGACCGACAUGCGACCUGCACCAACACAGCCGGCAGCGUCAAGUGCAACUGUGCUCCAGGUUGGAUCGGCAGACUGAAAUGCACAGACCUGGAUGAAUGCUCGAAUGGGACGCACAUGUGCAACAACAACGCAGACUGCAUCAACACCAUGGGCUCGUAUCGCUGCGCGUGCAAAGACGGAUUUUCUGGAGAUGGAUUCUACUGUUCAGACAGCGACGAGUGCGCCGAGAACAGCAACCUGUGUGAGAGCGGCCACUGUCUGAAUCUGCCCGGAGGCUUCCGCUGCGAAUGCGACAUGGGCUUUAUUGCCACUACCGACGGAAAGGCCUGCGAGGACAUAGACGAAUGCACCUUCGCUGGCAUCUGUGUCAAUGGCCGCUGUCAGAACAUUCCUGGACUCUUCAGAUGUGAAUGUAACAUUGGUUAUGAACUAGACAGGAGCGGAGGCAACUGCACAGAUAUCAACGAAUGUUUAGACCCUACCAUCUGUAUCAAUGGCAUGUGUGUUAACAUCCCUGGAAGCUACCACUGCAACUGCCCGCCAGACUUUGAACUCAACCCCACUCGGGUGGGCUGUGUAGACACUCGCUCUGGAAGCUGUUAUCUGGAAGUACGCUCUCGAGGUGACGCGUCAGAGAGUCUGUCCUGCACCAAUGAGAUCGGAGUCGGUGUUUCCAAGGCAUCUUGUUGUUGUUCCCUGGGCCUGGGCUGGGGAAAUCCAUGUGAAUCAUGUCCCUCUGUCAACUCCACUGAAUACAAGACGCUCUGUCCUGGAGGAGAAGGUUUCCGACCAAACCCCAUCACGGUCAUCUUGGAAGACAUCAACGAGUGUCAGGAGCUGCCCGGCUUGUGCCAGGGAGGACAGUGCAUCAACACCUUCGGCAGUUUCCAGUGUGAAUGUCCGAGAGGCUACGCCCUCAACGAAGACACCAGAGUCUGUGAAGACAUCAACGAGUGUGAGCGACCGGGCAUCUGCGGCCCGGGACAGUGUUACAACACCAUUGGAAACUACACCUGCAUCUGCCCUGUCGACUACAUGCAGGUCAAUGGAGGAAACAACUGCAUGGACAUGAGGAAGAGCUACUGCUACAGGAACUUCUACUCCGACAACGGCACGUGUGAUGGGGAGCUGACCUUCAACAUGACCAAGAAGAUGUGCUGCUGCUCCUACAACAUCGGCCACGGGUGGAACAAACCCUGUGAACAGUGCCCUGUGCCCAGCACCGAUGAGUUUGCAGUCCUCUGUGGCAGUGAGAGACCAGGAUAUUACAUUGACAUCACCACAGGACGGGUUGUUGAUAUUGAUGAGUGCAGGGAAAUCCCAGGAGUGUGUGAGAAUGGAGUGUGCAUCAACAUGAUUGGCAGCUUCAGGUGUGAGUGUCCCAUCGGCUUCAUUUACAACGACAAGCUGCUGAUUUGCGAAGAUAUUGAUGAGUGUCAGAAUGGACCGGUGUGCCAGCAGAACGCCGCCUGUCUCAACCUGCCGGGAAGCUACCGCUGCGAGUGUAAACCCGGAUAUCGAUUCACUCCAACGGGACAAUGUCUGGACCGCAACGAGUGCCAGGAGAUCCCUACUGUUUGUAACCCCGGCGAGUGCAUCGACACUCUCGGGAGCUAUCGCUGCAUCUGCCCCAAUGGCUACAAAACGACUCGGGACCAGUCGAUGUGUGUCGAUGUGGACGAGUGUGAGAGACAACCCUGUGGAAACGGCACCUGCAAAAACACCGUGGGCUCCUACAACUGCCUCUGUUACCCCGGCUUUCAGAACUCACACAACGGCGACUGCAUAGAUGUGGAUGAGUGUUCGACGCAGAGGGGCCUGUGUCGGAACGGGCAGUGUGUGAACACGGUGGGCACCUUCCUCUGCGUGUGCCACGACGGCUACGAGCUGACGUUAGACGGCAGACUGUGUGGAGAUAUUGACGAAUGUGCAGUGAAUCCAGGCACAUGUGGAGCAGGAACUUGUGUGAAUCUAGACGGCUCCUACAGAUGCGUCUGCCCACCUGGCUACUAUCUCCAUGAAGAAACCUGCGAAGAUAUCGACGAGUGCUCCCAGUCGCCCGAGAUGUGCGUGUUUGGAACCUGCUCCAACACCGAAGGCAGCUUCACCUGCCUGUGCCCUGAAGGCUUCCAGAUUUCGGCCUCCGGACGCAGAUGUUUAGAUAUCCGUGUGAACUACUGCUAUACCAAGUUUGACAAAGUCUGCUUGGCUCCGAAACCCCAGAACACAUCCAAGGAACAGUGCUGCUGCUCUAAUAUGGCUGGCCAAGGCUGGGGAGACCCCUGUGAACUCUGCCCCACCCCUGAUCAGGAGGUCUAUUCCCAACUUUGCAUUAACACGGGUUACCAGCGUGGGAAAGACAACAAUCCUGAAGAUAUUGAUGAAUGCGUGAAUGAUCCCUGUGUUAAUGGCCAGUGCAUAAACACUGACGGGGGUUUCCGCUGUGAAUGCCCCUUGGGAUACAACUUGGACAUUAGUGGGGUCACGUGUGAAGACACCAAUGAGUGUGAAGUUGGAAAUCCCUGCGGCAACGGGACGUGUACGAAUGUCAUCGGUGGGUUUGAGUGCGCGUGCGAAGACGGCUUCGAGCCUGGGCCGAUGAUGACCUGCGAAGACAUCAACGAAUGUGCCCAGAAUCCCCUCCUGUGUGCCUUCCGCUGUGUUAACGUGGUGGGGUCCUACGAGUGUAAAUGUCCCACUGGCUACGUGCUGCGCGAAGACAAGAGGAUGUGCAAAGAUCAGAAUGAGUGUGAAGAUGGUGUAGAUGACUGUGACAGCAGAGGCAUGACCUGCAAGAACCUGAUCGGUACAUACAUGUGCAUCUGCCCGCCGGGAUACACACGUCAGCCCGGUGGAGACGGCUGCACCGACCUGAAUGAGUGUACAGCGAAACCCGGCAUCUGUAAGAACGGCCGCUGUGAGAACACAAUCGGAAGCUACCGCUGCAGAUGUGACCAGGGAUUCGUCGCCAACCCCACACAGACAGAGUGUAUCGAUAACCGCGAGGGCUUCUGCUACACCGAGGUCUUGACCACUCUGUGCCAGAUGACCUCCAGUAACCGGAACAUGGUGACCAAGUCCGAGUGCUGCUGUGACGGAGGCCGAGGUUGGGGCACAAACUGCGAGCUCUGCCCCCUGCCGGGCACCACGCAGUUCAAGAAGAUGUGCCCUCUGGGACCUGGAUAUACUACUGAUGGCAGAGAUAUUGACGAGUGUCGUGUGAUGGGCAACUUGUGCAAGAACGGUCAGUGCAUCAACGCUCUGGGCUCCUAUAACUGCGUCUGCAAACCGGGCUACACCACGGACAUCACCGGCACUCUGUGUGUGGAUGUGGAUGAGUGCAUCCAGGCACCAAAGCCCUGUAACUUCAUCUGUAAGAACACAGAGGGAGGCUAUCAGUGCUCCUGCCCAAGAGGAUACAUCCUGCAGGAAGACGGAAAAAGCUGCAAAGAUCUGGACGAGUGUUCGACCAAACAGCAUAACUGUCAGUUCCUGUGUGUGAACACCAUUGGUGGCUUCACCUGCAAGUGUCCUCCCGGCUUCACCCAGCACCACACUGCCUGCAUCGACAACAAUGAAUGUGCAUCAGACCCUAAUCUGUGCGGCUCCAACGGCGUCUGCCAAAACACUCCAGGGAGCUUCAACUGCGACUGCCAGCGGGGAUUCUCAUUAGAUCCCAAUGGACAAAGCUGUGAAGAUAUGGACGAGUGUGACGGUAACCACAGGUGUCAGCAUGGCUGCCAGAACCUGGUGGGGGGAUACAGGUGCAGCUGUCCUCAGGGUUACCUGCAGCACUACCAGUGGAACCAGUGUGUCGACGAAAACGAGUGCCUGAACAGCCAGAUCUGCGGGGGAGCGUCGUGCCACAACACCCUGGGGAGCUUCCGCUGCCUUUGCCCCACCGGCUUCAACUACGAGCAGAACAGCGGCGGCUGCUCGGACAUCAACGAGUGCUCCACCAGCCAGAACCCCUGCAAGUUCGGAUGCUCCAACACUGACGGGGGCUACCUGUGCGGAUGCCCGCCGGGAUACUUCCGCGCAGGACAAGGGCACUGUGUCACCGGCAUGGGCUUCACAAGCACCCCCGGCGGGGAGGCCGGCGAGGGAGACGAUAAUUCUCUCUCCCCCGAGGCCUGCUACGAAUGCAAGAUCAACGGCUAUCCCAAGAAGGGACGCCAGCGGCGCAGCACCAACUCGACACAGGAGGAACCUCUUGAAAGCAUGCAGCUCACUGAAGACAUGGUCAGCCUGGCCAGUGUGGACAUCGAAGACACUCUCCAGUUCCACCUCAACAUCAGCGACCUGAGCAACCGUGACCACAUCCUGGAGUUCACCCCGGCCUUGUCCACGCUCAGCGACCACGUGCGCUACAACAUUGACUUCGGAAACGAAGACGGCUCCUUUAAAAUCAACCAGAGGAAUGGCGUCAGCUACCUGCAUCUGAGCAAGAGGAAGGCUCUGGCGCCGGGGGCGUACCAGCUGCAGAUCAGCAGCAUGCCCCUCUUCAGGAAGAAGGAACUGGCUGAGCUGGAGGACAAACACGAUAAAGACUACCUCACAGGACAGCUGGGAGACGUACUGAAGAUGAGGGUGCAGAUCAUCCUCCAUUAACCAUCACCAGACUGAGAGAGGCAGAUGUUGCCAGCAGCUGCUCACCCGGUGUCAGCCUCACACUCCCCGCAAGGCCAAACGCUUCUGACUCUGGGUCAGUAGUUUGGGGCAACUUCUGCCUGCUCCUACGAGGAGAAGAGCUCGCCACCAAAGAGACGAGAAGGGGGUGGGAGGGAGAGGGACUGCGUCAUUUAAUUACCAAAGAUGAUUCUACAUAUCAUAGAUACAAUUUCUGUGGAAAAAUACCAGCUGAAUGAGGUAGUGUGAAAGAUUACAGGCAAAUGAAACACAUAUUGCUCCCACCCGCAACUCCAGCUGUGUUUAAAGCACUAUUGAUGGCGUAAAUAGGGUUUUUAAUUGUAGGGUUUAUUGUUGUAUAAUGAUAUGUGGAAUCAGAUGCCACUUUGAAGGGCAUGUGGACUGCAGAAAGCUGGGUUUUUGUUUUAGAUUUUUUUUUUUUUUUUUUUUUUUUUUUAGAACUCAGCCUGUUUUGAAGGAAAAAAGGGUGAGUCCCAAUAGUCUGAAAUAAAUUCAUUUCCUCCCCUCAGGUAUAUGACUGAACAAACCUGGAAGUUAACUCGUUUCUCCUUCCUUCAGAUCUUAAUUUAAAGGAGUGAAGAUUAAAAAAAAAAAAAAGGAAAAAGUUUGAGACUUAUUUGGAGAGGAAAGGAACAAACUAUGGACUAUUGAGAUGUAGCCAUGUCUGAGCUUGAAUGACUUCUACUGCAUAUUUAAACUACGCUUUUCCAUCUUUCCUACUGAUUAGAAUAUUUCAUAUUUACUGGUGCUAGCAACACAUCACACGUAAAGUCAUGAAUGCACUGUACUACUAUUCAGAACUCAGUAGUCAAUAAGACACGAUCCCGGCGGCCAUCCUGAAGAUUUUAUGUCUUUGCAGCCGUAACAGCUCGCUUCAUAGCCUGUCUGCUCUCCUCUAUACUACAUGUACAUUGUGUUUAUACUGUAAUAAUCAAUGCCACUUUUAAUCUAUGAAGCAUUUGUAAACUAGAGGAAGCCCCUGGAAUAGUGGGGGUUGUAAUGGUGCUUAUAAUGACCAACUACUUCCUUUAUAAACUGUGUAUACAUACACACAUGCACACACACAGACACAGACACACACAAGACACAUUGAUGAUGCCAAACCUGGGCCUUCAUGAUUAUGCACUGAGGUCUUCCUGGCCACACAAUCUCUCACAAGCAAAAUCAGUGCUGCAUUGCCGCGGACCAGCCUGACACCAGUCUGUGUUCUCUGUUCACAUCAGUGAGGGUUUAGUUGUAAAUUCACAAUAAAAACAUAUUUUUGAUGUACAUGUA